AUGCGUGUUGGGAUGUGCGACACGGCAGCAGCAGCUUCGUACGUCUCGACCUCGACCUCGACCUUGAACUCGACCUCGACCUUGAACUCGGCCUCGACCUCGACCUCGACACCCACGCCCACGACUACGACCACCACCAGCACCAGCACCAAGCCCACCGCCAAGCCCACCACCACCACCGCAGCCAGCUCGCACUCGCGCCGGGUGCCGCUGGACAAGCGGAAGCGCACCGAGACAUCGUGCGACAAGUGCAAGUCGCGCAAGCAGAAAUGCAGGAAAGAGCCGGGCCAGAACACGUGCCGGUACUGCGCCGUGCACAACAUCGAAUGCCUCACCACGCAGCCGCGCAAGAAACGUCUGUACGGCAGCGUCGAGGGCCUGGGCCACCGCCUGGCGCUGCUUGAGGCGCUGGUCAAGGGCCUGCUGCCCGAGGCCGACGUGACAGACGUCGAUGAGCUGCGACGCCUGGCCAGCGAGCUGGGCAUGCCGCUGCCCGAAUCCGGCCCAGGGACUGCUGCUGCUCAGAUGCACGGCGAGCAGGCCAGCGGUGGGCGAGGCCGUGGCCGUGGCCGUGGCGAUGGCGACGGCGACGGCGACGGCGACGGCGACGACGGCGACGACGACGACGACUCCAUGUCGCUGCUACCGGACCAGCAGGGCCAAGUGCAGUACAUCGGCCCCGCCAGCUCCUUUGCGUUCCAUCUGAAACUGCGCUCUCUGAUAGGCGCCGGCGCCCUGCGCUCCUUUGUGCUGUUUGGACGCAACGCCGCCGACGACCAGGAGCCCGUCGAGGGCGAAGGCGACGCUCACGGUCACGGUCACGGUCACGGCCACGGCCACGGCCAGGUUCACGGUCACGACGCCCGCAGCCUCUCCCUCUCCACCCCGAGCGCCGCCUCCACCACCGACCACAUGACCCGCAUCAACCACAUCGCCCACAGCUCGCCCGCCCGCCCUCCUCAGACCGCCGUCCACGCCCACUCCAGCGCCCAGCCCAGCGACGUGCCCAGCCUCGAGGCCCUCAUCGGCGCCUACUUCGACCACAUCAACCCAGACUUCCCUGUCCUGUACGAGCCGUCGUUUCGCGAAGCCUACGAGGCCUGGCUCGUCGACCCUGCCAACGCCGACCCCUCCUGGCUGUGCAGCUUCCUCUGCGUCCUGCUGCUCUCGCGCCGUGUCGCCCGCAUCACCUUCCAGGAGGCCCAGGAGCGCCUGUGGUGGCGCCGAGUGCAGACGCUGCUGCCCGUCGUCAUGUUCACCUCCAGCGUCGUCGCCGUCCAGGCGCUGAUGCUGGCCGCCCUGCACCUGCACAACACGAAUCACCGCGACGCCUGCUGGAACCUCACCGGCACCGCCGUGCGCAUCGCCUUCGCCAUCGGCCUGCACCAGGACAAGGUCAACCCCAUGCAAACCCCGCUUGCCAGAGAGCUGCGCAAGCGCCUGUGGUGGACUCUGUAUGGCUACGAGCAGAUGCAGGUCUCGUCCUACGACCGCCCCAGCGCCAUCGAGCAUCCUGGCUGCAAGAUCAGCCGUCUCAACGAGCGUCUAAUGGACUCGGACCUGCACAACCCGCCCGAGUACAGCCAGUGGUACAACCGCCUCAUCGUUCAUCUGGGCUCCGCCUGCCGCGCCCCCAAAACGGGGCGAGCCAACGCCAGCGACGAGUCCUACGUAGGGCCCUUGUCACCCGCUGCGGGCGUCCUGAGAGAUCUGGAGCGCUGGACCGACCUGCUUCCCCAGCAUCUGCGCAUGGACCCCUUGGACUCCAAUCCACCGCCUUUCCAGCGGCCCAUCUUGAUGCUGCACGGCCUGUAUCACUAUACCGUCAUCGUGCUGUGCCGCUCAGCGCUGCUCACACGCGCCAACAUCCUGUCCAAGCAAGGGAAAGACGCGAAGAACACUGCCCUCGCCGCCAUGGCAGACUCGUGUUCAGACUCCGGGCGCGCCUUGGCCUGCAUACUGCUCAAGCUCGAGGCCAUUGGCAGGUUCGAUGCCAUUGUCUGGUGGGAUAUCUGGUAUGCAUUGGCAUCCAGCUCAGUGCUGGUUCUUGAUCUGGUCUGCCUAAACAAAAUCACCGGCACAGACAUGUCCGCGUCUCGCAUCCUGCUCUCACAGCUUGCCGAUCUGGCCCAGCGACACAAGCGGAAUCCGCACAUGCCCGGCACUAUCGAGAAGUUUGCCUCCAUCGUGCCUGAGUUACAGUCCAUGGUCAACGCAAUGAAGGCAAGGCCACCGGCUUCCAUUGCGCCCAAGCCAGAGCCCCCCGAGAACAUCGGCCACGUAACCUCCCGACCGCCACCACAACCACAACCAGCGCCCGCCGCGUACCCUUUCCACCAAGUCUCGACAAACAGCGGCGCCUACAUGUUCGCCGACCACAUGCCCGGCCGAUUCUAUCCAGAGCCACAGUAUCCAGCGCCAACCUAUUCCACUGCACGAUUUGAUCGCAAUACCCAGCUAAGCUUCAUGGACUUUACCAUCAACAACAUCCACGAUUGGAAUUGGGGUGACUUGGGAAGCCUUCUGGGCAACGAAAACGUACCCAAUGGCCAUCCUCCACCUGCGUAA